GAGUAGUCGUAUCGUCAUCGUCAGUGUUACGGGAUUUGUCGUAUGUAUCGUCGAAUAUAGUAUAUAUUUUGCUUUUAUUACUAUAUUUUGCUAACUGUUGCAUCAAACAUUACAAGUACAAAUUAAUAUUUUGAAAGAAUUAUGAAUUAUACUUAUAAUCUUCUGAAAAAAAAAAUGGCAGAUGAUAAAAGUACCUCAUCAUCUGAUAGUACGCCUCACUUCGAAGUGAUUAAUCGUGUAAAAAGCAUUCCUGUUAUUCAUUCAGCCAUAGAAAAAACGGGAUCGACAUAUUCUUAUCUCAAAGAUUCGCAUCAUUUAAUCAAUUGGGCAUUAACUCAAGCCGAAGCUGGAUUACAGUAUGCAACUGCCACAGCUGCUCCUCUUACUGCACCUUUAGCUAAAAAGUUCGAGGAACAAAUCACUGCUGUAGAUCAAAAAUUAUGCGAAGGAUUAAACAUGGUUGAGCAAAAAGUGCCAAUUAUGACACAACCACCUCAAAAAAUUUAUGAUGCAGCCAAAGCAGUAAUGAGCAGUUCCUUGCAGCCAACAAUUGACAAAUUACACGCUGCAAAAGAGUCAGCUACGCAGCAAGCAUCAACUCUUAAAGAAAUCAGUAUGGCAAAGGCUAAUGAAUUGUUAAAUACACAAUAUGGUAAUAUGGCGGUACAAAGUGUUGAUAAUAGUAGCGCUCUCAUUAACGGUUUAUUGGAUCGUUAUUUCCCACCAAUAGAAGGGGAAGAAAACAUGCCAGCUCCAGUAUCUGCCGAUGAGAACAAAAUUUUGCAUGCUGUACAAACCAUUGGACAAUUGUCCACAAAAACCGCCAAUCGAGUAUAUCAUUCGGUCGUAGCACAAUUAAAAACAGUGAAAAAAGAGGACGUUGCGUCGUAUAUGUCAAGUGUUAUAUCUAUUCUUCACCUAACACACUUUUUAAGUUUGAACGAUAAACAAAUCAAUAAUAAAGGUGCGACUGAAGAAAAUACAGAAAAAAAGUAAACACGAAUCUUACUAGUAAUUUUACAAUAAUGCACCUCUCGUCGAAUAAAUAAUUGUAGAAUAAAUUUCAUUAUUUUGUCAAUUCACAAUCAGCAUGAAGAGUGAAAAUUAAUAUUUGGAUAUUUAAUUUAAUAUUACAAUAUCAAUUAUAUAUUGGAGGUAUUAUUUAUCAAUGUCAAUAUAAAUUUUUUAUAUUUUUAGUUAAAUUUUGAUUCUUUUAUUAUCGAUAAAUUUAAAUUUUUAAAAAUUUUUUAAAUUUUUUAAAUUGAAAAUAAUAUUAUUUUUAUAAUAUUAAAAUGCAAAGGAACAUACAAUCAGCUAUUGAAUUAUAUUAAACAAUAAUAGCAUAACAUAAAUAGUAUAAUAAUUUAGUUAAAAAACAAUCAGAUUGUUUCAUAAAGAUUUAAUCAAAAUAUAAAAAUUACAAUUUCUAUUUACGAAUGAAUUUUUAUAAAUAUCUAAAAUUAUUAUUUAUAUGUUGCUUUUAAAUACAUGAAGUACCGAAUAUUCAUUGCUUUUGUUUCACUUUUAUAAUAAAAUAUUUUUUUUUAAUAAGAUAUAUUGUAAAAAUAAGAAUAAUUCAUAAAAUACAGUGUGAUAUUUUAUAUUCAUAUUUAUAAUAUUAUAAUAAGAUUCGUAGUACACCAAAUUGUAAAAAUUCUAGUGUUUUAAUAUAUUAGUAUUAAAAAUUUUUUAAAAAAUAUAUAAAAUCAAAGAAAAAUACUUGAUUAAAAAUAAUUAUACUUUUGAAAAUAUAAGGAAUUGAAAAUAAGGAAUUUAAAAAAGUAAAAAAUUAAUGUAAGUCUUAAUAUAUGUAAAUCUCUCUCUAUACAUAUAAAACUUUAAAAAGAACUGUUAAAAUAAAAGAAAACAUAUAUUUUAUGUAACGAUUUUGUAAUCUGUAAUUUAUAUAAAUAUUAUAUAAAAAGUAUAAAAGA